AUGGGGGACUGGGAGACCCCCGGAACGGGUGCGGCCGAACCAUCGCCGGAAACGUGCCAGGAGCAUCACCCGCCACCACCUGUUCAUGACGAUGCCCUUCAGGAACAUCUUUCUCACGAAAAACAACAACGCCAGCUCAAACGUUCCUCUCUCCCCGCUCGCCCCCAUGCGGCCGCCCGUCACACCAAACGCUUAACCCUCAACUUCCCCAUCAAUCUCCCUCCGGCCGCUGUGGUCGACUCCCACGUGUCGUCAUCCCCCGGUGCCAUGACCCCUGUUGCUCGCUCGUCCGCCCACCAAUCCCCCGUGCCCCCGGUCGGCACUCCUAUGGCCUUCGACGACCAAGACGAUGGUUCCGGCCUGUUGACCGCCAUUGCCGCCCAGGAGCGAAAGGUCCUCGAGUUGCGCGAGGAGCUCCAGCGGGCCGAGUCCGAGCUCGACUCGCUGAAGAAGCAAUGGGCCCAGUCGGAGAAGACAAAGAAACGUACCGAGAUCAGCCAUCGCGCCGAACCCCUGCUCCCGCUGCGAUCCCCCGAUUCCACCGGUCCCGACCCGGCCGCCGUUGGACCGCAGCAUAGUCGAGACCGCAGCGUCGCCAGCUCCGAGGCCUCCUCCGCCGCCCCGACGCCGUCAUCGGCACGAUACAGUCGCGAGUUGGAGCGCCGCCAGAGUAUGCUCGCCGCUGCAACAAAGGGCACCAAAGUCUCGGCCAGUGGGCGUCGUGUGUUCCAGGGAUCUCACACCCGCACGCUGUCGCUGCUGUCGCCGACUUCUGGCACCAGCAGCCCCCUCGGGGCGGCGGAGACGCCAGACGGCGACCGCAUCGGACGGUCCCCUCGCUCCGCGACGUUGCCGUCCGUUGAACGGAGUCCGAUGAUGACCGCAGCGUCCGGUGACAAUCGCGAUUUUGCAAGCUCCUCCGGCGACGAUGUGAUCACGCAGUGGCGGCGGACGAUGCCGCCGCCGUCGCGCGAGGCCCUCAUGCGCACCGGACGACAGAUGGCGUCGGAUCUGCGCGAGGGCCUGUGGACGUUCCUGGAGGACAUCCGACAAGCCACUGUGGGCGAGGAGGGUAUCAGCGCCACGGAAUCGCGCGCGAUGCCGAACGCCCGGAACAAGCGGGACUCGAGCUCGGCCUCGUCGCGCAGUAGAGACCGCCUCUCGGUGGCGCAGGGCGGAAAGCUGUCACGAUCGCCGUCGUCGUCCGGGAGCAAGGCGGCCAAAUCUUCUUCUGGUAAAGACUCGCAAUCGGCGGACAUAGACUCGUCGUUCUGGAGUGAAUUCGGCAUUGAUCCACCUGGACAGACGUCCCAUCCUCCCGCCGCCGCGCAGCCCGCGCCUCGCCACGCCCAAAACUGGUCGUCGACCGACCAACACCCCACCACCAACAACAACAGCAGUCAUCUCGACGUUGACGACAACUGGGAUGACUGGGAUACGCCCCAGCCGAAGAAAAUGCACACGCCUUCGUCGAGCCGGUCGACUCUCGAAUCGAAACAGGACCAGUCGCCCAUGACGCAGAACAGUAGUCCGCGCACGAGCACGAGCUUUGGCGACUGGCGCCAACACGACACUCACAUCCCCGACCCCAGCGUGUCCGAUGGUAUUCCCUGGCCCGCCAUCACGAAACUGGCCCCGUCGAAACUGACACGGACUGCGUCGAACCUGAUGGCUGAGUGGGAGCGCAGCCUGUCUCCGUCGCCGGAACGGAAGGUCCAGACGCGAUCGCCGUCUCUGGAUAAAGACGCCAAGACAGAUUGA